CGGAGUUACGGCGACAAGUGCUUCACUAGUUCCGCACAGACUGUCACACAGAACGCUACAGGAGCCAGCCAUUUUCUAUGCCGGUAGUGGGUUUGGAAACUUUGCUCGCGCUUGUAGAUUGUUCCGGAUGUUCUGGGGCCAUCGCUAACAAGUUUGGCUUCGACGCUUAGGACGUUUCAUCCUGCGGUCACUUCUCAGAGAUUCCACCCGAAUGGAGCUGGAAGGACAGCACAACUACAACAAAGACUGUUGGCUACAGUUUCAAGAGGAAGCUAAUAUGUUGCCCAUGCAAACAAGCCUUCCGGCUUCAACAGACUGUGGUGAAGGCUCCGCAGACGGCCAAGUGAACCGCAUGACAACGCAGCACACGAGCAGUGCUCUGGCACCAGAACCAGCUGCUACUCCCAUGAGCUCCACAGCUCAGGAAGCCACCAAGCAGACUUGUCGGAAGUGGGAUAAAAACUUUCUUCCCUCUUUCUCUGCAUACUUAAAUCCACUGCUCCAUGGCCAAGAAAUGCUUACUAUGGCACGCCGCCGCAUGACAGCACAGCUAAGAGAUGAGGUCAUUGAAUUCCUUGAAAAGAACAACUUGAUUAAAAGUUCUAACUCUGCUGUCAGAAGGUGGAACUACUGUGCCUUUGCAGAAGCUCUAAGUGACGCCUAUCCACGAAUGGUAUGGGAAACAAAAGGAACUGCAGCAGUUCAGCAGCUUGGAUGGGCGAUUUCAGAAAAUGUGACAGACCCAGAAAGAAUUGAUCUCUCCAGAAUGAACAUGUUGCUGCAUGCAACCAUUGAAGUACGGAAGAAAAAUCCAGUCGAGGAACUCCCUGUAUACUUUUUGAAUGCAGCUGUGGUAAGCGUAUUUACAUAAACGAGUAACAUUUUGCAUGAAUGCCUUCACAUUUUUUCAAUCUGUUUUGCCUGUUGAAGUGGCUAUUGAACGAAAAUUUUUACGUUGAAUUCUUAUUAGGCUUUCCAAAAACAGCACGCCGCACGCUUGUCUGCAUUUUGUUUGCAAUGCAGACAAGUAUUUGCAGACAGGUUUGAGAGCAGACAUUCUUAGUACAUAGUACUUUUGCAAGCACAGUGCAUAAAAACUACAAGGAAGGAAACAGCACCAGAACAGACUAAAUCCUAAUGAUUCAGACUAUUUUGCAGUAAGCAAGAAAGUAAGAAAAUGAAUUGAAAGGAACAUGUUUUUGU